CUCUCAUACAAACCGUCUCCUCUCACGAUGCUGCCUGAAGAGGAAAGCCAGAUCGGUGCGGAGCAGGGCUUCGGCUCUGAUUUCAAAGGCACCGAUCUCCAAUCCGAGAAUAUGCCGCUUGUUCUCUCGGAAGAGCAGGCGUUGGCAAAGGCCAGGGCUCGUCCUAAUGAAGCCCUACCGCUGCACAUCACCUUCUCCGCGGGGGAUAAGGACAACCCUCGCAACUGGCCCAAAUGGAGGAAGUGGUAUAUCACGGCCAUGGCCAGCUGGUUGAAUGUCGUCACGUGUUUAUGCGCGGGUAGCAUUUCCUCUGGGGCCACAGGCAUUCAAAAGGAAUUCCGAGUGUCAGAAGAGGUCACUACGCUCUCCCUGUCCCUAUACGUCUUGGGCUAUGCCAUUGGCCCUGUCCUGCUCGCCCCUCUCUCUGAAUAUUUCGGUCGUCAACCCGUAUAUGCGGUCUCAUGGUUCCUCCUGUUCAUCUUCCAGCUCCCUCUCGCCCUCGCACCGAAUAUCGGAACCAUACUCGUUUGCCGGCUCAUCGCAGGCUUCGCAGGCAGCGCUCCCUUGACCAAUACAGGAGGUUCAAUCAGCGAUGUCUGGGAGAGGAACGACAGUGGAGGCGCCAUGGCCGUGUAUGGACUCAGCAGCACGUUCGGCCCGCCCAUGGCUCUCGUGUUCAGCGGGUAUAUCGGUCUCAACCUUGGCUGGCGCUGGAUCUUCUGGAUCCUGAUGGCCAUCACGGGCGGAGUUUGGGUGUUUCUCGUCCUCACCGUGCCUGAAACCAGACACUCCAUCAUCCUCCAACGCAAGGCGCGUCGAGUCUGCAAGCAGAUGGCUGCGGAGAAUCUCAAAUCCGCAGAGUCAACGACAGACAUCCACGCGGACGAAAGAAAGGGCCUACACCAGCUCUUCGCGGUAACGCUCACUCGUCCGUUCCGUUUCCUCUUCACAGAGCCCAUCACUUUCUUCUCUGCCAUCUACAACGGCUUCAUCUAUGGCCUCGUCUACCUCUUCAACGAAGCCUUCCCGCUCGUCUUCGGCGCGCCGAAGGGCCACCCUUUCAACGUCGGCGAACAGGGCCUCACAUUCCUAGGUAUGGCCAUCGGCCCCAUCAUCGCCUUCUGCUUCUACCCGCUGCAAGAACGAUACUACCUCAAACAAGUCGCCAAAAACAACGGCAAGGGCGUCCCCGAGGCACGCAUGUGGAUGGCCCGGCUAGGGGCUAUCUUGAUUCCGGUAAGUCUGUUCUGGUUCGGCUGGACCAGCUACCGCAGCAUCCACUGGAUCGUGCCAAUAAUCGCAUCUUCCCUGUUCGGCGCGGGCAUCUACAUCGUCAUAUUGAGUAUCCUCAACUACGUCGUUGACAGUUACCAGACGUACUCUGCGUCUGCGUUGGCGGGGGUUAUUCUCGUACGCAACUGUGUUGGUGCUGGGUUUCCCCUGUUCGCGACGCAGAUGUAUCAGAAGUUGGACUAUGAGUGGGCAUCGAGUCUGCUGGGUUUCUUGGGGAUUUUGCUUGUGCCUAUUCCGUUCUUGUUCUUUUACAAGGGGAGGACAGUUAGAUUGAGGAGUCCUUGGGCUAGGGAGCAUUUUGAUCAGAAUGAAGAUAAUCCUCACUGA